GCCCCGCUCCCACAGCCAUGGUGCGGCCGCCGCGCCGCUGCUGAGGGAGCCGCCAUGGCCGCCGCGCUCUGCGGGGGGCUCCUGCUCUGCGGCGGGCUCCUGCUCUGCGUUUCUGGAGCAAUCCCAGAGCCCCGAAACGCAAGAAUCACUUCAGUCAAUCUUCACAGCACCCUGCACUGGGAUCCACCAAGGUUCCCCAAGGAGAACAUCACCUACACUGUGCAGUACAAGAGCACGUACAUGCUCCAGGACAGCUACGAGAGCCUGUGCGCGGGGCUGCGGCUGCCGCGCUGCGAGCUGUCCUCGCUCUCUGCCUACGGGGACUACGAGCUGCGCCUGCGGGCGGAGGCGGGGCCGGAGCGCUCGGGCUGGCUCGGGCUGCGCUUCAGACCCAUGGAGAACACCACCAUUGGCCCCCCCGAGGUGAGGCUGAGGUCGGAGGCCGGGGCCCUGCACGCAGAUUUCUGGGGGCCGCUGGCCGAGCGCAGCCAGGGCAGGUGGCCCCUGAAGCAGUACUAUGGCUCCUGGAAGUACAGGAUCCUCUACUGGAGGAGAGGCAGCUCAGACACACAGCUGGCCUCUGCUUCCCAGGUGGCUCAGGUGGAGACCCAGCACAGCUCAGAGAUCCUGGCCCAGCUGGAGCCAUGGACAGUUUAUUGUGUGCGAGUGCAGGCCGUGAUUCCUGAGCUGAACAAGACAGGGGAGCUGAGCAGGGAGCUCUGUGAGCAAACAACCCACAAUGGUGUAACCCCUGUGUGGAUAAUUGUGACUGCUCUGGUGGGGUCCAUGCUGGUCGUGGUCACAGCUGUCACUGUUUGUUUCUUCUGCAGUUUUUAUCUGUACAGACUCACCAAACACGUUUUCUACCCUUCCUACGUUUUCCCACAGCACUUGAAAGAGUUUCUGAGCAAACCUCCCAGUGCCCCACAGCCUUUCCCUCCACUUCCACAAGAAGAGCUGCUGGUUUGUGACAGGCUGACUGUGAUUUCCCAGGAAAGCCAGAGCCCCAGUGAAGGGAGUGGGGAUGAUGAGGCCAGCAGCACCCCAGAGCACCCUGAGGACUCUGCACUGGCAGGCUGUGACUCAGGAGUGGGAGCAGCCUCAGGAGCAGCCUGAACCUCCUCCUCAUCAUCCUCCUUGGCAAAGGAGCAGCAAAUGGACUUGGGUUUAUCCACUGCUGCCUUCUCCAGCAGGAAAAACCCACAGACAGACACGUGCUCAGACUCUGGACAGAAUCUUUUUAUUUUUUUUAAGUAUGAAGAAUUAAAUUUUGCCACUGUUGGUUGGGGCUCCCUGAGGAGUUGUAGCAAUUCUGGCACUGAUUUUGACCUUAAAAAGCAAAUGUCUUAUUUUUGUAUAACACUAAUUAAUUUAACUUGGAUGAACUAUUUAUUGCAAAACCUAAUCAAAAUGUUUAUAAAAUAAAAUUGUAUUUUGUAAGGAAA